AUGGUCAGGAUUCAUGCCAGUGUGCCAGACGUUCUCAUAGGCGAUCCCACCCGCGUGGGGCAGGUCAUGCGCGAGCUCAUCACCGUUGCCGAGUCUACCGAACCUGACCUGGAGGCCUGGAUCCAAGGCUUGGAGGUUCGAAGAGAGGACAAAGAGAUUGAAGGAGGUGUAGCAGGGGGCGUGCAUGAUGGUAAAGUGGCUGCUGGUGCUGCAAACGUGGAUGGUUAUAUUGGGGACGAACGGCAAAGGGAGGAACUACUGACUCGGAUGAAGAGGAGUGGCUGUGCGGAAUGCUGUGGUGCUGCUGCUAGGGAUGCUGGUGGUAACGAUGGUUCUAAUAGGGAGGGUGCUGCUGCUGCUGGUGGCAUUGGCUGUUUUGGCUCGAGGCAGAGCAGCGGGCGGGAGAUGGGUGGCAGGCGUGGAUCAUCAGAUGAGUGUUGCGAAGCGAGCUUCAGAUACAGCCUCUCCCAGGAUGAUCCCCGAUUUUCCGACUCACCUGUAGCCGGAGUCAUGUGCUCCUGUACCCAACCGCACUCCAGUCAACCUGGUCAACCCAGUCAAUCCACACGUGCCACGGGAGCUCACCCAGCAGACCAUGACCUCAGGCACGGCAACGAGCCUGACUCGUUCCCCGAGCCUGAGCCCUGGAUGCUUCACCCGCCCAUCCCUCACCCCCUCACCGCCGAGGCUUGCCGCGAG